AUGCGACCAAUAAAAUAUUUCGAUCUCAUUUCGACAACAAGUCCGGUGAUGCAGGCGGAAUUGCCGAAUCAGAGUAAGCCUAGUAAAUUUUUGCGCGUUGGUUUGCGGCACAGCGACGUAAUCCCGAAAGAACUUCAAAAGGCGUUGAUGAUAACGGAAACAGCCAGUUCCAAAUUCGGAGUGAGACUGAAACCAUCGAAAGGGAAGGCGCUUGUUUCGCGCAGCUCGAGCGAAUACUACUUUGCCGUACGAGGUGCCGCUGUGAUACUGCCAAAAAACGAGUUCCAGCUGAAGAGAGAAACAUGUAACGGAGGAGAAAUCAAGCAACAUUUGCAGAGUAUGUUGCAGUUGCUGAGACCGCGGGAUACGCUUCGAAUGGCGGUCCGAUUGCAGAAUAUGUUCAGCAACUACACUCGCUACUUGGUCAUAAUUUCUACAUCCACUCGACACGACAACCGCGAGUCUUCGUUGCUCGGCAUCGACUACAUAACGCCUAAUCAGCCGGCGAUCGCGCUCAUUCUACCGAUUUGGGCGAAUACCGCCGUGAAGCUGGACGGAGAUGGUGGCAUCUCCUUUGAGUCGUCUGACUCUUACCAUCUGUUCAAGCCGAUCUCCGUUCAGGCCAUGUGGUAA